AUCAUGCAUGGGUCUUAUGGUGUCAUCAUGCGCAGUAUGGACAUUCAUGCAAAUAAACUUAGUUGUCUGACGUUUGCUACAGCUUCUACUUGGACCAAAUUUCCUCUGGGAUAUAGUAUCUGUCCAUCGUCCAUUCAUCAGUCUGCCUACCUACCUGACAGGCACUGCUCAGGGCCAAUGUUUAUCUUUUACGCAUGCGCAGUGAGUAUACUAUGACGUUGUUUGAAAACAGCGCCAAACUAAAAAUGACACUCUUCUUUUAACUGUGUUAGCUAAGUUUAUGGACGCAUUCAUGAUUUUUUUUUUUUUUUAAAUAUGUGAAGUUGUUCACAGUAUGUGUGCGUUAGGAAACGUAUUUUAGAUGCAUACGUGAACUAAAAGAAGCUCCGUGCUGUUACCUCAACCUUGUUGGUUAAGAUAGCUUCGCCGGUUCAUCAGUGGUUUGUUUAGCUUCUUUCUAGGUUAGCUAACUUAGUUACAAGACUGAGCCUAAACUGGUAAAGCUACAGACAUGAAACCUGUCCGAGGGUCUAAUAAAGCUGCGUCGAAAGCACCAAACACAAAGCCUAGAAAGAAGAAAACGGGACAGACGAAGAAAAAGGCAACGCAGCAACAGGACCUUCAGCAUGGUGACCUUGGCAAGACCAUUCAACCAAAAGCAGCACGAAAGAGGAAAGCUGGAUCUCCAUCACUCCACAAAAAAGUCAAAGGUCAAGAAAACUGGAAACAGAUGUCAAGGUCCUCCAUUGUUGCUUUGGAGAACAUAAUGGAUCUGGCAAUACUAUCAACUCUUGCCUCAAGUCAAAGAGAGAAGAAAGAGAUCCAGGAACAGUUGAACAUUUUGAAAAAAAGGUUCAUAGCUCAUGCUGCACAGCUUAAGGUUCCAGUUAACAAACAAAAAGAAUUAGAGUGCUCAUCUCAUCGACACCAGGAUGAGACCAAGAAAUUUGAAGCUGGAAAGAAAGCUCUGAGCUCCCUAGAGGAAAACUUGAAGUCUGUUUUGAUUUUAUUGGAGAAGACAGAGGAGGAGACUGUAACUCUAGAAGAAAGAUGCAGAACCCUGAGAGACCAGCUGGAGGGGCAGGAGGAGGAGGCUAAAGAGAUGUUUCAGAUAGCUGAACAAGCUGUUCUCAACCUCCCUCCUCUCCUUCCACCCAAGGGUGAAACUACAUUAGAGAGUCGGAUGAAAAACAUUAUACCAGCUGCUGACUCUGAGACCAUGGCCAGAAAAUUGGGAGAAAUCCUGCAGAACGCAAAGGCCAUCCAGGACGCCCAGGAGCUGCUUCUACAGGCACAUAAACACGCUGAUCAGCUGUUCAAGCCCUGACUUCAUCCCAGUCAGCAGCACUGCACACACCUAUUGUUAUUUUCCCUGAACACAAGACAAAAUGUUGAGUUUAAUGCGUCACAAAUGUUCACUCAUGUUUGUAAGUAUAAUGGAUGUGAGAGUAAAGUUUCAUUCUAUUAUUUUCAAUUCCAGAACUUGUCUUGUGGCCAAAGAUUCAAGACCAGUAUGUUUAGAGUUUUUGAACUUAAUCAUUGUAUUCGAGAAUCCCCUUUCUUUAUCAUAUCUCCACAUUUAAACUGUGAAAUAUGAGUGACUCAUUAUGAGAAAAACAAACCACGUAUAAUUGUCAGGAUGUUACUGAGCCUGACAUUUGUAUUAAAGCUUGUUUCAAUACCAUGACUUAUAUCCUCACGGUUUAGUGAUGCUUUGCAGAAGAAAAGACAGAGGUGUGACAGCUCAUAUAUUACAUAGUGUAAUGUCAAGCAAAUAUAGUAGGUCUGAAAUACUGCUUUAUGCUAAAAGUCAACCUAAAUUUAUUAUGAUGUAUUGACAGUAUAAUAAAUAUGUGCAGACACUUCAUUUCCACCACAAAGAAAAGCCAAAAAAA